AUGAGUACUAAUGUUAAUGAACAGUGGUUGAAGAGAAGCAUUACCGAGCAGUAUAUCCGUUAUUAUGAAUACGAAAACCUGACAAAUCGUGAUAUAAUUGGAAGAGGAGGAUAUGCUGUAGUCUACAAAGCAACAGUAAAACAGUGUGAUAUCGAAAUUGCUAUAAAGCAAUUACUACCUUUCCCGCCUUCCGUAGGGAAGGAGGAAAUUUAUUCGAUAUUUGUGAGAGAA